CUCCGAUCAGGUUGCUUGAGAUCUGAUGACAAAUGUCCUAUUUAUAAUCCCCUCCCCUUUGCUUUUGUGGCAUUGCAGGCGUAUAACAGCGAGCGUUAUCACCAUUUGCUUCUCCUAUCCUCUGACACACAAGCAAAAAAAAAACAUUGCAUAGAGAUCGAAAGAGAGAGAGAGAGCAACAAUGGCAGAUCUUGCCAUUGGGAUUUCCAAGACGGUGGUUGAGAAGCUGGUGAACAAGGCCAGGUCCGCUGUCAAGGAAGAGGCGGAGAAAUGGCAGAUCCUGCAGCGUGACAUUGUUUUCAUCAAGGACGAAUUCGAGAUGAUGCAAUCCUUCCUCAACACCACUGGGCGGGAGCGCAUGAAGAACCAGGUGGCAAGGACUUGGGUGAGGCAGGUCCGCGACCUGUCUUAUGACACUGAAGACUGCAUCGAGUUCGUCCUUCACCUGGACACAAAGCGGUCGACCUUCCUGUGGCAAUUAUUCCGCUUACUGCGUCCCAAGGUGGUACCAGCAAUGCUGCCGCUGGACCAAGCCGUCGCCGAGAUAAAGCAACUCAAGGCCCAAGCUGAGGAUGUGAACCAAAGGAACAUACGCUACAGCCUCACCGGCAGCUCUGGAGAUCAGCACAUGCUGCCAACUCCUGCUGCCAGCCAGAGGACCCUGGACAUCUUCAUCAAGCCCAGGGAUGGCUUUGAUAAUAAUCAGGCAGGCACUUUGGACCUCGCUGGAUUGAUAAAACGGGAGGGCAACGAACUUCAAGUGAUUGCGGUGUCUGGAACAGGAGGAGAUCUUGGGACAACAUCCAUCAUCAAGAAGGCAUAUGACGAGCCAGAAAUCCGUGGAAAGUUUCACUGUCAUGCUUGGGUGAAGCUGAUGCAUCCUUUCAGUCCCCAUGAGUUCAUCCGGAGCUUGUUGGCUGAGUUCAUCACAAAUUCUCCCAAUACCCAAGAGCCCAAUACACAAGACAACACCCAAGAGCCCAAUACUCAAGAGCCCAGUACCCAAGAGCAAGGAGUUAACAAUGUACGUCUGCAACAAGUGCUGGAGAUGAUGAAGGCAACCCAAGACAGUAUACUUGCAGAAUUCAUGGAGAGAAUCAAGGAGAAUAGAUACCUCAUCGUUCUAGAAGAUCUCUCCACUGUCGUGGAGUGGAAUGCCGUCAAGAUGUUUCUUCCAGACAUGAAGAACGGGAGCCGAGUCGUUGUGUCAACGCGGCAGCUUGAGAUCGCAAGCCUGUGCACGGAACAGCCAUACCAUGUAUGGUUGCUCCGGGAGUUGUCAACUGACCACUCCAUCUAUGCCUUCUCGAAGGUGCUUCCAAAAAAUCGGCAGGGCAAUAAAACAACCACAUCGGAGAGGUGCUGGAAGGACGAUGACCCAGAGGCCUCCGACCAUUGGCUGCAAGUACAUGGCCUUCAUGGCGUGCGCUCUUCAGAAUUAGUAAAUGCACUUUGGAGCCAGGUACGAGCACACAGCGUGGUCUCAGUGUGCGGGGUGGCUGGUGCCGGGAAAUCUUUUCUCGUCCAAGCCCUAUAUACCCAUCAGAGUAGUCGUGGUUGGUACUAUCAAGGAAGCUACGUACACGUUGUUAGUGUACCCGACCCGUUCGAGAUCACCGACUUCUGUGAGAGCUUGUUUCUUGAAAUCUUCUCGACACCACCAAAACAUGGCCAGGAUAUCUUCCAAUUGUGUCGGAAAUAUCUCGAGCAACAACAGUGCCUUGUUGUUGUUGACGGCCUGCGGUCCAAGGAAGAUUGGGACUUGAUAGAGGCUAACUUGAUACCGGGUGUUUUUCCUUAUGGAAGCUGUAUCAUUGUUAUUACCAGGGAAGAAAGUGUUGCCAGACAUUGUGCAACGUCAGCCGAUGCAGUGUGCCGCGUCAGAGGUCUAGAAGCUGAUGCGGCCCGUCGUCUCUUCCAGGACACCUUUAAACCUGAUGGAACAUCGUCUAAGGGGGAUUCUAACAUGAUGGUUGAAGCAGAUCUUAUCAUAGACAAGUGCGGCAGACUUCCCAAACUAAUUGUUGCUUUAGCUAAGUAUUUGGCCGAAGUACCAAACUUCAUACGGGAGGCCCGGCGUUUGAAUGCCAACUUUAUGUAUGCACUGAAGACGACCAGGAAGGGGCUGGAUAGCUUCCAGGACGUAUUCACCUGGAUGUAUUCAAGAUUUCAGGCUUGUCCUCAACUCCUCAGAAAAUGCAUCUUCUAUCUGUCACUCUUUACUCAAAGCAGUGUCAUUCGUCAGAAUCGUUUGGUAAGGCGGUGGAUUGCGGAGGGCUACUGUGAGGGCACUGACAGCAAUAGCAUGGUGGAAUAUACAGAGAAGCUCAUCCAUGAGCUUCUCACCAUUGGCAUGAUGGAGACACAUACCAGGGCCGGUGACAUGAGAACGACUUCUUGUCAGAUCAACUCAUUGUUCCUGGACUACUUCAUCUCAAGGGAGAUGGAAGAGAACAUUUUCCUUCCACUGGAGGUCUCCGUACUGGUUCAGGACAGCACGAUGAGCACACAACGUGCAGGACAGCACCUGGCAAUAGGGAGCAGCUGGAGGAGAGACAGGUUUGUCUUCGAAAGCUUGGACUUCUCGCGGCUACGGUCUUUGACUGUAUCCAAAGAGUGGAAGCCAUUCUUCAUAUCUGACAGGAUGAGAGUGCUUCGCGUUCUGGAUCUGGAGGACACAAGUAUAACUGAUGAUGACGUCGAAGAAACAGUGAAGAAGCUACCUCGCCUCAAGUUCCUGUCCCUGCGAAGAUGCACAAAGGUAUCUCGCCUGCCAGAUCUGUUAGGUGACCUAAGGCAGCUCCAAUCUUUGGACAUAAAGUACACCUCUGUGACGAAGCUUCCUAAGAGCAUCAUCAAGCUGCAGAAACUUCAGUAUAUCAAUGCCGGCACAAAGGUAGCGUCGACUGACGAGGAGCCCUCAACACCCCGGAGGAGUAGGCAGCAUGGACAUGUCGUUGAUGCUUGUGAUGGCGUCAUGGUGCCUGGAGGCAUUGGGGCACUGAUCGCCAUGCACACACUGGGUGUUGUCAACGUCAACGCAAGAGGUGGUAGGGGCACCCUGAAGGAGCUCAAGAACCUGACCCAACUCCAUAAGCUAGGAGUAUCUGGCAUCAGCAGGAGUAACUUCAAGGGGUUGUUUUCUGCUAUCCUGAGUCAUAGCCAUUUGGAAUCACUGUCACUGCAGCUCCACAUGGACAAGGAUUUGGACUGGUUGGCUAAACUCACCCCUCCAGGGAACCUACAGCGUCUCAAAAUACACGUACAUGUAGAAAAAUACACACACUGGAGCUCCCUACAGGCCCUUGGGCAGGUGAGAAGGCUGCAGACCCUUAGCUUCCGUUUCAAAACGGACCAAGAUGUUGAGCUCCAGUUCAGUGACAUGAUGGACAGUGGCACCUGGUAUACACCCAACCAAUUCUGUGAACUCAAGGUCCUCGAGAUAGCCUGCAGCUCCAACCUACAUAUGAAGUUUGCAGAAAAUGAGAUGACUGAACUUGAGCUGCUCAAGGUUCACUGCUUGGAAGGGUCGUCGCUCAUGUUUUCUGGGAUAGAGCGUCCAGCUAAACUCAAGCAUGUGUGGCUCAAGGGUUCUUUUGACGACACGGUCAAGGCAGAAUUGCGGCAGAAAGUUAAGCAGCAUCAUAACAAAAAUCUUGACUUGAAACUGGACUAACAAUGUUUUAUCCUGAUAAUAAUGGUGGUGGUUGCUCCAGGUCCACAACUCCACAUGUGCUCUUCUGGCUGGUGCAUUUUCUUUUGUUCCUCUUAAUUUGUCCAAUUCUCUCUAAUUAAUAUUCUUUAUUUCCUGUCUUCUGAACCAAAACUAGAUAGGUAGUCCCUCGAUCCCAAAUUGUAAAUUUCUAGACGUAAUGUAGAGAGAUAGAUGUGAUAAUCUAAUCACCAUGUAGCAAUUUAUCAAUAAAAUUUCUGUUCUUUCGA